CCCCGUCGCAGCCACCGUUCUACUUGGCCGCCAUCGGCCGCCGGGCAUCGCGCGCCGCCAGGAUGGGGCGCUUUGGCGUGCCGGCCGCACAUAAUAAGGUGGGUCACACCUUGUUGUUGCUUCACGCUUCACGCCACCCGCGGCGCUGCACAGCUGGCCCUGCCGCUCGCCUCGCCCGCGCGUGCGGCGACCUGCAGCGCGCUAAGCGCCUGCGCGCUCGGGCCACCGCAGCAACAUCCUGCCCACCCGUUGCUUCACCAACACAGCCGCGCAAAACCGUCUGCAUUGCUCACCACCGCCAUCGCUCGCCGCUCCCACGCCCCGCCUCCAGAUACUGGUGAUGACGCUGAUCAAUGUGUCCAACCUUUUCUGCCACUCGCUCUUUUCAAUCCUGCCCGCCUUCUUCCCUCAAGAGGCAAAGUCCAAAGGCAUGAGCGACGACGCGGUCGGCAUCGUGUUCGCGUGCUUCCCGGCCGUCAUCUUCCUCACGUCGCCCUUCGCGGGCCCCUUCAUGUCGCGGCACGGCAAGAAGUGGGUCUACACCACCGGCCUCGUCGUCGUCGCCAUCUCGACCAUCUGCUUCUCUGUCGCCUCGUACAUGCCCGCCGGAUCGCCGUUUGCCACCUGGUGCUUGCUGAUCCGGCUGACGCAGGGACUCGGCUCAGCGAUGGAGGAGACCGCAGCGUACGCCCUGAUCGCCGACAUGGACACCGACAACGUCUCCACUCGCGCAGCUUUCGCCGAGUUUGCUCAGAGGACGUCCCUGCGAAAUCCCGGAUCAUUCCACUCCCAGGUGUCUUUUUUCAUGGGUCUCACGGAGAUCUCGACCGGGCUCGGCUACAUGGUGGGCCCCCCGCUCGGCGGGAUGCUCUUCGCGGCGGGCGGCUUCGCGACGCCCUUUGUGGCGGCGGCGCUCAUCUACUAUCGGCUGCCCCCGGAUGACCGAAGGCGAUCGAGCGACGACGCGGGCGGCGCGUGCACGGCGAUGGCGCUCGUGCUGCUGGUGCACACGAGCGCAAUCAUGCUCGUCGAGGUCCUCUCGCCGAAGAGGACCGUGCGCGAGGGCGCCUACCAGGAGCUCAGCGCGGUGAAUCCGCCAGAGGUGGAGGUGGCGGAGGAUUGA